AUGUCACGAUCUCGGAUCAGUCCUGGUGUGGCCUACCUUACUCGUGGUUUGCUUUCUGUCAUUUUUCCGACCGCUUCUUCCGUCAUUAUUGUAGGACGUCUGGCUUGUCUGCAAGGUUUUCCAGUCUCCCCAUGGCUUUUGUCGGCGAUGGUUUUGGGUGCAGCGCCUCUGGGGCUGGCAGCUUAUAUUUUCGUGGAUGAGUUAUCGCAGCGACGAAAGGCCACUGGACUCGGUGCCAGACUCGUUCCUCGUAUCCAGGGCAGAUGGCCUGGAAAUUUGGACACGUUAAUGAACGUGAUCCUGAUGCUUGAGAUCGAAUACCUCGGACAAUCUGUGCUGGACGAGAUGAAGGAACUCGGGCCAACUUUGAAUUAUCGGUGCUUAUGGGAGGACUACAUUGUCACCACGGAGCCCCAGCACGUCAAGACAAUUCUUGUAACCGAUUUUCAUAACUACGUGAAAGGUGCAAAGUUCAGAGAAGCAGCUGAUUCCAUCCUUGGCACGGGGGUAUUCAACUCGGAUGGUAAGCUUCACCGAACCAUGACACGACCCUUCUUCACCCAUGAUCGGAUAAGCCACUUUGAGAUAUUUGACCGUCAUGCGAAUCGUGCUAUCGCCUUGGCGAAGGACCGUUUCAGGAUGGACAUGGCAAUUGACUUCCAAGAUCUCAUUUCGAGAUUUACACUCGACUCUGCAUCGGAGUUCCUGUUUGGACAUUGCAUCGAUUCACUUUCCGUCGAACUUCCUUUCCCCGACAACACGUCAGAAUCCACAAAUACCAAGCCUGGUCCGGGAGACAGUGCUGCAGCCUUCACACAUGCCUUCUCUCAAGCUCAGCAUGCAAUCAGUCGUCGUGUCAUCACUGGGGCGGCCUGGCCGAUGACUGAGAUUCUUGCUGACAGCACCGCACAACAUAUGAAAGUGCCGCUCUGCAGGAGGCAUAGCACGGCUGCCAAAUCAGAUGCAGAUGAAACUGCGGACGACCAAAUUUUUUUGGAUCAUCUGGUGAAGCUGACAUCGGACUUCAAAGUCAUUAAAGAUGAGACAUUGAAUAUAUUGUUGGCAGGCAGAGAUACAACAGCCUCGACAUUGACUUCGGCUAUUUAUUUACUUGCGAUGCAUCCAGAGAUCCUCUCGCGGCUCAGAGAGGAAAUCAUAUCCAAGGUUGGACCGACUCGCAUGCCUACAUAUGGGGAUAUCAAAGAGAUGAAGUACAUCCAGGCCGUUCUCAAUGAAACGAUGCGCCUUUUCCCUGCUGUGGAAACCGUACAUGACACCACAUGGACAUCCCCCGAACCUGGGAAGAAGCCACUGUUUGUUCCAGCAGGAGUCAUGGUCGUCUAUUCAGUGUUCCUUAUGCAUAGGAGAACAGAUCUAUGGGGACCAGAUGCGUUGGAGUUUGAUCCGGAUAGAUGGCUCGACGAGCGCAUGCAGAAAUAUGUGCUUCCUAAUCCCUAUAUCUUCCUUCCAUUUAACGCGGGACCGAGGAUUUGCUUGGGGCAAAAUUUUGCGUACAACCAAAUGUCGUUCAUGCUCAUUCGUUUGCUGCAAAACUUUUCUGCGAUUGCAUUAUCUCCCGAGCCUGCAAUGCGCCCACCUGCGUGGUGGGCUGACAAAGACGGCCGACAGGCCAUUGAGCGAUUCAAGCCGAGACACCAUUUGACACUUUAUGCCCAGGGUGGUAUGUGGGUCAAGAUGGAAGCUGUAGAUGACACCGAAGUCAUACAGUGA